AUGGUGAGGAGGAUUCUCAGCGCAGUUCUUCAGCAGCAGAGACUGGAUGAUGAUGGGUUCCGUACAGUCAUGUGUGAAGCUGAGGCCAUUUUAAAUGACCGUCCUAUCACCAAACUGUCUGAUCCGAAUGACCUCGAACCCCUUACUCCUAAUCACAUCCUGCUUAUGAAAGGAAAAUCACCUUUUCCACCAGGAAUGUUUGAGCAACACGACUUGUACAUCAGGAAGAGGUGGAGGCAAAAGAAAGGACUUGUGCGCUCAGUGCAUCUGCAGACAAAGACGGGUGUCAUCGAAAGGCCUGUGGCUAAACUUUGCUUACUGCAUGAACCUACAGGCACAUUUGAUCCAAACAUACCAGAAGAAGGACCUUCAGCUCUACCUCCUGGCUGGCUGGAUGAUGUGCAUGGCUACCAGGGCCACAAAGGAGGAGAGGGAGAGAACCCACUGUACCCACCACCACCCGCAUACAACCCCCAACCUGAGCAAGAUAGGAAUACCUCAGUGUCUACUGUCAGGGUGCCUAUGGUGUCCGAGGAUGUAGCCAGAGAUGCUCUGCUCAAGUUCGUGGAGUCUAAGUGGAGGUACAGCUCCAAACCUGCCAGAAACCUCACCUUCAAAGACCUCGAACCUAUCAUGGUCUAUAGGUAUCGCCUGGAGACCUACACUGAGACCCGAACUAGUACUUGGGAGUUUGAGCCUUACAAUGGGCAACCGGCUGAUGGUCCCCAGUAUGGAAUGAGCCCACCGCCAUGGGACGUCCCAGUAUCAAUGCCCCAGAGAUACACCGACAUGGUCCAGAAGGUUCGAGUGCCUCACUCUUCCUUUGUAAAGACAUGUCACAAGUGCCACGGCUGUGGCAGAACCCGCUGUACCCACUGUAGCGGCAGAGGCCAGAAACGCUGCACGUUAUGCCAUGGUCAUGGCCGCUCCAGAAACAAAAAGCGCUGCGGUUCCUGUCAUGGCAGAGGUCGCAAGAGGUGUACUCUCUGCGAUGGUCAUGGUUCCAGGACUUGUUCAGUUUGUCAUGGCAGCCAAAACCUGCUUCAUUUCAUUCAGCUCACUGUGACAUGGAAAAACAACGUGACUGACUUCAUUCCGGACCGCCAACCUGAUUUUCCAGACAAGAAGUUUAAGAAGGUGACAGGAGACCCUUUCUUCAUCGAUGAAAAUAUUCUGGUAUACCCAAUAGAUGGUUUCCCUGAUCACGAGAUCUGUGAUGUGUCAAGAAAAAUGAUAAAUGAACAUUUCACCCGCUUCAGCUCCACUAGCCACAUCCUGCAGCAGCGUCAGACCAUUGAGCUGGUUCCACUGACCCAUGCCCAUUACUCUUACAAUGGAAAGGACUACGACUACUUUGUCUAUGGAAUGGAAAACAAAAUCCACACUCCUAAAUACCCUUCUUCAUGUGUCAUCCUUUAAACAAUAUAUAACUUGGGCUUUUGUCCGGCUCGUCCGUGCCUUACAAUAUUGUAAAUCAAUGCUUGUUUGUGUGAUCUCAGUGGGAUUGGAGAAAAUUGAUGAGAAUGCAGGCGAGUAAGGUCCCAGUUGGUUGUUUCUGUUAUUCCCUGUAAUGUCUUCAUAACUAUCUCUUUAUAGGAAUUCAUACAACAAUCUCUUUAAGACAAGGUAGCUACUCUUAUGCACUUAAUCUAUCAACUAUCACCUCUUGAAUGUAUCCAAUGUAAACUGAAUCCAGGAGCAGUCUCCUUUUUCAGGGUGUCAGUCAUUUGAACAUCUAUCGAAACUGCAGUUAAGGUUUUGAUAUUGUGGUUCAACAUUUAAGAGAA